AUGUCUACUCAUCUCGCCGCUGUUUGCCCAGGCAAAGGCCAACCCUUCCAAGUCCAAACUCGAUCCACUCCAAAGCCAGGACCAGAUGAACUUCUCAUCGCCGUCAAGUCCGUCGCUCUCAAUCCAGCAGAUGUCAUCAUGCGCGAUCAAGGACUUUUCAUCACAGAAUAUCCCACCGUCAUUGGCUUCGACAUGUCGGGCUUGGUACUACAAGUCGGCGAGAAUGUUCCAUCUGAUGAUGAUGGCUUCCAGCCCGGCACUCGUGUUGCUGCAUAUUCAGCUUCUGCUUGGAGAGGCUGCGCUCCAGAUUAUGGCCCCUUCCAAGAGAAAUGCCUUGUCCCCUGGCAACAUGCUGUGCGUCUGCCAGAUCAGGAGAUGUCGUGGAAUCAUGCUGCGACGCUGCCUGUUUCUGUGCAAGUACCUCUUAGCGCAUGGGAUAUGAUGGGAAUUCCUAGAUCCUAUGAUGAACUAUCUUCUCAAGAUCUUGAUCAGGCUGAGAAGAAAGAAGCGCUUCUGAUCUGGGGCGCAUCAUCCAGCAUCGGCACUAUGGGCGUGCAAACAGCUCGUCUGUUGUGCCAACAUCCCAAGUCUCCCUUUGCAGCAGUGUAUGCUACUGCAGGACAAACAAACCACAAUUAUAUACGCUCACUCGGCGCCGAUCGCGUGUUCGACUAUAAAGACCCAAAGGUCGUGGAGUCAAUUGUCGCCGCUGCAAAAGAAGACGGGCUGGUCAUUCGAUAUUGUUUCCUCGCGACCGGAAACCUUUCUUUGUGUCAGGCCGUUCUUAAAGAAUUUAUUGACAUUAGCUCUAUUGAGAGGAAGAUAACUGCCAAAAUUGGGUCGGCUCCUUGGAUUCCAGCAGAUGCUGAGAACGUCAAUGGAGUUGAGGUCCUCUUCGUGAUGCCAUCGGCGGUUGAGGAGGAAAGACUGGAGCAGUUCAAGUAUUGGAUUGGUAAUUACUUGAGUAAGAAUAUGUCCAGUGGGAACAUCAGACCGAGCCCUGAGCCAAAGGUCGUAGGAAGAGGUUUGAAGUUCUUGAACAGCGCUUUGGAAAAAAUGUCUGAGAGCGUCAGUUGUACAAAGUUAGUGGUUGAGAUUGGGGAGUGA